UAACGAUCAAGACAGUCCUCUUCAAGCAACGAUUAAGUCAAUAUGGCGAUUCCCCUGGAUUUGAGGGAAGCGACAGCGGAACAGAUGCAAGAUUUCUUGAAUUCGUUUGACAUCAUCUUUUCCGAUUGUGAUGGUGUUAUUUGGCAUUUGUUAAACCCAAUACCUGGAGCGAUUUUGUCGCUUAAAAAACUACAAGAUUUGGGCAAAAAGCUGUAUCUAGUGUCGAACAACAGUAAUAAAAGUAUAGAUGAAUAUAUCAAAAAUUUUAAGAAAUAUGGAUUGAGUGUCGAACCGGAACAAAUAAUAAUCAGUGUGAAGGUUAUCAGCUCGCAUCUGAAAAAGCUUAAAGUUUCAGGGAAAAUAGUAGUUUUAGCUACACCACAGUUUCGAGAAAGUUUAAACAAGGAUGGAUUUCAUACAAUAUUGCCAUCUUUUGAAAUCAACGAACGAGAUCCAUCGAAUACAAUAAAAAAUAUUCAUAAUCAAGCAUGUGUUGAUGCAGUCGUUCUCGAUUUUUGUAAUUAUGACUGGGGCUUAAUAGUAUUUCUUCUUAAAUGCUUGAAUAACGAAUCUGUUCAUUACAUCACUGGUUGCACAGACGAAUAUAUUUCUUAUAGUUGCAAUGAGAAGAUAAUUGGUUCUGGACCUUUUAUCGAUAUAAUUUCUAAAUACAGUAAAAGAUCACCGAUAAAAUGCGCUAAACCUAGCCAAGUUUUAAAACAAUAUAUUUUUGACACUUGUAACGUGCAAGAUCCAGGAAGAUGUUUGUUUAUAGGUGAUUCAAUAAAAACCGAUAUGAAAUUUGCCCAUAUGUGUGGAUUUAAAAAAAUGUUCGUCGAUACUGGUAUAGAAACUAUAAAAAAUGCGAUAAAAGAUGAAGAAACUUGCCCGCAUUUCUAUCUCCCUAGUUUGGGGAUGCUAUACCCUAUUAUCGAUUCAUUGCAGAAUAUUUCUAAAAAGCAGAAUAUUUAAAGUUAACAUGAAGAUCAGAAUACUGAAAAAGGAAGAAUGUCAAGAAAAAAAUAUGUAUUAAUAUGAAUAUACCAAUAAAAAUCAUAAUUAAUAACCACAU